UACAAAUAAAUCAAAUAAAUAAAAUCUCAAUUGGCUUCAAAUAAAUGUUUGAUUGCUAUGUGAUCCCACAUUAUCCAAAAAUGGACACCUAGCCCACUUAAGAUGAUGGGCUAAAAUAUUUCUUGAUCUCGUCUGACAAGUGACAACAACUUAUUCAAUUAACAAGUAAAAUUUAAUCUAUUCUUUAUUUUACUUCUUGGGAACGAAACUCUUAAGACCUUGUCUGAAAUCUUGAUCUCCCUUCAAAAAAACAAAGAAAUCUCGAUUUCCCUUCGCCAAUUUCCUUCGGAUCAUCGACUAAGGUCUUGGGCAAAUUCAAUAAGCUCAAAUGUCUGAAACAAACAACCCAAUGCCCUCAAAGGAGCAAGAGGAAGCCGUAAUCAAGAAAAAGUAUGGAGGAUUGUUGCCAAAGAAAAACCCUUUGAUCUCAAAGGAUCAUGACCGGGCUUUUUUUGAUUCUGCUGAUUGGGCAUUGGGAAAGCAAGGAUCACAGAAGAGCAAAGGACCAUUAGAGGCCCUCCGCCCUAAAUUGCAGCCGACACCACAACAGCAAUCCCGCUCAAGGCGAUCCGCUUAUGCCCCGGCAGGCGAAGAAGUGGAUGGUGGUAAUGGAAAUCAUAAUGCCUCGGAAGAGGAUAUGGAUAAUGAUGAAAAGUCUGAUACUAAAGAUGAAGACCAACCGAUUUAAGUGACUUUGUCAUUUCUAUGAUCGAUUGUAUGAUGCUUAAUGUUACUAGAUAUGUGCUUUGGAAGCAUUUGAUCAGGUUGAUGAUACCAUAUAUCGUAUUGUUGUAUGUUCGAGAGUUUUACCAUCAGGCAAUAAUAAGCUGCUUAAUCUUUGUUUGAAUUUCUUUAUAUUUUUAUGCUUCAUGUUAUAUCCAUAAUCCUAAUUCAAGUUGAUACAAAGAUUUUCCAUUUUGGAUAUAUAUUUCUCAUCAUAUUAAACUGCAUUCAUAUACGAAAACGUAUCUUUUUAUAAUGUUGUCAUUAACUUUCUUUUUGACUGUAGUGAUUAAAGCCUUAUAUGUGUUUUGAAUUGUUG